AUGAUAUCUGCACCGCGUGACAAGCGUGCCACGACCGCGUCAAUGGAGGCUACCGCGAUGGACCUGCAACCUCUUGACAGUAUCCCAACAGGUCUUACCGGCCCCAACGCACGGCAUAAUCAAGACGCAAUGAACUUGACCAUGGAGCAUCGGGUUAAAUGGCUCGAGAAUCAGCUGAACUUCGUCCUCCCUGUCCGGUUUGGCGCCGUUGAGCAAGUUCACGCCCUCGAAUCCAAGUUGCACGACAUGACGGAGCGUGUUGCCAAAAUGGAGAAGCACCUAUGCCGCUGUGCUGAUGCGGCUUCCCAGGAGCCGAUGACCCCAGAAAGCAUGGACAGGGAGCUCGGCGCCGAGACCGUGCGGACCAGCGAGCCAGUCAAAGAGGAUGAGGGCGGCAUGGCAUGA